AAGUUAUCCAGUAUUCCAAAGUUUACUUGGUUAGCAUAAUAUAACAAGUUAACAACAGCUGCAGUGGAUUCGUGAAAAAAAAAAUUCUUUCUGAGGUUUCUAAGAUAUAAAAUUAACCAAUGCAAUGCUAUUGCACAGGAUAUAUAGGGAGGAAACAAACAGAUUCGCAGAACAGCAAUUCAGAAUUUAGAUAAUUGAAAUUAGACCCCACCUACAGCUUGUGAGUUGUGUCCAUCAAUGGAUAUGCAUAAGAGAAGGAAGAACUUCAUGGAAACCAGCAUUGACAAAUCCAAGGAGCUUUUGAAAAGCAUGGACCGUGGCCAUGUUUCAGAUAUCAGUAUGACAGAAGUUAACAAAGAUCUUGUGGCAUCAAUUAAGGAAAAACUCGAAGCGAUUACAUCUUUGAAAUCCAUCUUCAGGGUGCCUACGAAGCUUCUACAAGCAAACCAGAAGGUGUACGUCCCUACUAAAGUGUCAAUUGGACCUCUUCACCAUGGUAACGAAAAUCUCAAAGAUAUGCAAGAUCAUAAGUGGCAUUACCUCUACACAUUGCUCAGCCGCGAGCCGAACAUGGAAGCAAGUUUGCAUGAAUGUUUGAAGGCAUUGAGAGAGUCAGAGAAGACAGCACGGAAUUUCUAUGCAGAAGAACUCAAUCUCACAAGUGAUGAAUUUGUGGAGAUUAUGUUACUUGAUGGUUGUUUCAUCAUUGAGCUUUUGUUGAAAUAUGCUAUAAAGAGUGUGAGACGCCUUGCUGACCCCAUAUUCGCCACGCCAAGGUUGCUAUAUGAUAUCCGGUGUGACUUGAUCUUAUUAGAAAACCAAAUACCAUUGGUCAUUCUUCAAAGGUUGUUUGAGAUUGUACCCAUUCCAGUGAAAUGCAAUUGUACCCUCCCGGAACUUGCAAUCCGUUUCUUUAGAAACAUGCUGCCAGGAGACAAGGAAUGUGUUACUAUGAGGUUUGGACAAGAAGGUAAUCAUUUGCUUGACUUAUUCCAACAGUGUUACCUACCAACCUAUGCAAGGGCGCAGUCGAAAAAACUCCCGACUGUAGAGGAUCUCAAGUAUAUCUGUGCCACCAAGCUUCGGAAGUAUGGCAUUAAGUUGAUGAGGUUCACAGCCAAGAGCUUGUUAGAUAUAGAUUUUCACAAUGGUGUUCUUGAAAUUGCUCCACUCAUUACUCAUCAAUUCACGGAAAUACUGUUCUCAAAUCUGAUAGCAUUGGAGCAGCAUCAGAAAGAUGUUCAGCCAUUCACUUCUUAUGCGUUCCUAAUGAAAAACAUCAUCAGCGAUGAAAAUGAUGCGAAGCUCGUUCGCCAUCUAAGGAUUGUCGCGAGCGAGAAGGGUACGGAGAAAAAUGUUUGUGAUCUAUUUAAGGGGCUUUGCGAGGGAGUGGAAUAUGUGGCGGAAAAGUUCUAUUUUGCGGGGCUUCAUGAACAAAUAACUGAGUAUAACACAAAUCGAAGAUCAUGGUGGAGGAAAGUGAAGAGCAAUUGUCUCAAAACUUGCACUUGUACAUGAUUCUGGAUUACAGUGUUGCAAUUUUACUUGUGCUCACUCUAACAAAGCUUUUUUUAUUUGCCUAUUUUUCAACUGUAAACCAUGAAAUUGUUUAUCCUAAUAAUUGUCAUCAUCCCCGGUAAAUACAAAGUUCAUGAUAGUCAUAAGCCAAUCAUAUAGUGGCCGAGAGGAAUAUCUGACACCGCAUAUUAUACAAGAAAUGCAAUAUAUUUCAUAUUAGCAUAAUUACAAGACUUGGUUUAUAAAAUUUAACUCGAGUUUAAUGAGCUUGAUAUACCCUAUGAACUACGUGGGGCUAAUAAUCUUUAUCUUGGAGAAAA